CCAACAAUCACGAACGCCGACUAAAAAAAAAAAAAAAAAACUCAACACACACAAUUGUUAUUAAUCAUUCGAGCCGGUUAGAUGUCCAUUUAUUUAUUGUUAAAAUAAAUAAAAUAAAUUGAUAAUUUAACAAUGGUGGAAGUGCGAUACACGAGGAAUCUUUUCCUCCGGGGAAUGUGCAUUAUUUAUUUAUUUGCAUUUCUCAGUCUUUAUGUACAAAUUCCAGGUUUGUAUGGUGACAAUGGUAUACUACCAGCAAGAACACAAUUAAAUUUAAAAGAAAAGUCAACAUUAUUACAAAAAAUAACUCAAAAACCAACAGUUUUGUGGUUGGCUAGUUAUAUCGGUCUCAAUGUUGAAUACAUGCUUGAUGUUGUUGCACUUUCUGGUGCCUUAAUAUCAUUUUUAGGAUUUGUCUCACAGAAAUUUUGCAUUGCACCAGUAUUUUUAACACUCUGGGCACUUUAUUAUUCAGUGUUUCAAGUUGGUCAAGUCUUCAUGCAAAAUCAAUGGGAUAGCUUGUUGCUUGAAGCUGGUUUUCUUUGUGUAUUAAUUGCACCAUUUUUAGUAACAGCUAAAGGAAAAAUAAGCAAACCAAGUGAUGGUUUAACAUUUUGGAGUAUUCGUUGGCUUCUAUUUCGUUUUAUGUUUGCAACUGGUGCAGUUAAAUUGGCAUCUGGUUGUCCAGUUUGGUGGAAUCUUGAUGCUCUUUCACAUCUAUUUGAGACUCAAUGUCUUCCUGGACCGUUGGCCUGGUAUGCACAUCAUCUACCGUCAUGGUUUUUGCGUUUUAUAACUGCAACAAUAUUUCUUCAUGAACUUGUCGUUCCAUUUUUAUUCUUUUUCCCAAAUAGAAAAAUAAGAAUUGCUGCAUUUUAUAUUCAGUUGUAUCUCUUUGUAAAUUUAAUUGCUACUGGUAAUUGGAGUUAUCGUGAUUUUCUGGUUAUUUGUAUGUCAAUAUCAUUGCUUGACGAUCAAUUUUUCUACAAAAGAAAAUCCAAGAAUGGAUCUAGUUUUACAACUGUUCUUUCAACUUUAUCAUGUCUUGUUGUUUUUGGUGCAAUUACAUAUGCAUUUGUCGUUCUUUUUAAAAUUCGUUUUGCUGAAAAUUGGACACUUACAUCUGAAAUUGCAUUUAACAAAGGACAAUAUGAACAUUUUCUCAUUCGUGUAUUGCCAGUAUCAAUUUGUGUUGGUGUAAUAUCACUUGGUUUUACAAUUGCUGGUGCAGUAACUCAUUCAAUAUUAACAACAAAAGGAUCAACAAAUAAAAUAAUAACAACUUUAACAACAAUUGUAUAUACAGCUGCUAUUGGUUCACUAUUUGCUUUGAGUGUUGUACCAUUUGCAUCACUUCAUACAUCACAUAAUGCAACAAUUCCAGCAGUAUUACGUCAAUACCAUACAAAAGUUAACAAUUAUUAUAUUUCAAAUAAUUACAAUGGUAUAUUCCGUCGUGUAAGUGGUGUUAAUGGUCGUCCAGAAAUAAUAAUUGAAGGAAGUAAUAGUGUUGAAGGACCAUGGAAAUCAUAUGAAUUUCUUUAUAAACCUGGUAAUGUUAAUAAUUCAUUGCCAUUAGUUGCACCACAUUCACCAAGACUUGAUUGGCAAAUGUGGUUUGCUGCACAAACUACAUAUCAACAAAAUCCAUGGAUUAUGUCAUUGACAUAUAGAUUAUUAAAUGGACAAAAAGAAGUACUUGGAUUAUUGAAUAAUGUACAAAAACCAUUUGGUGAUAAAGCACCAAAAUAUAUUAGAGGUACAUUGUAUCAUUAUCAUUAUGCACCAUGGAGGAAAACAUGGAAUGAUCAACGUUGGUGGACUAGAGAAAAAGUUGGUGAAUAUUUUCCAAUUUUCAGUCUUGAUCAUUCACCACUUAUGGAACAUCUUAAAGGAAUGAAAAUACUUGGUGGUAGUACACCAUUACGUGUUACAAAUGAAACAUUUAAAAUAAUAUUGGAUUUUAUACGUUCAUUGGUUACUAAAAUUGAAUCAAGUUUACUUUUGUGGAGUAUAUUUACUGCUGGAUGUGCUAUUAUUAUGACAAGCCAUGGUGGUAAUACUGCUUCAAGAAAUAAGAAAAAAUAAAUUAUUUUUUAUUAAGUGCUACAUGAUGACAAUGUAACUGAAUGAUGUGUGCGAUCUAACUGAAUGAUAAAUUGUUUCGUUUUUUUUUUUUUUACUUUUACAUUAAUUAACAGCUUAUAAAGCUUUUCAUUCUGUUUUUCUUUUUUUUUUUUUUUUUCAUGGAAACGUAAUCUUUUGAAUAACUAUUUUCGAUUUCGAUUUUUCAUUUUUUUUUUUUUUUUACAUUUAUUUAGGAUAGAAAAAAAAAAUAGUAAUAAAUGAUAUUAAUAAAACUUAAUAAUAAUUUUGACUUUGUACAAUAUUAUUAUGAAAUAAUAUUAAUUAAUAAUUUAUAGAUUAUAAAAUCCAUUAGUUGGAUAUUUUUCUCCAAUAAUAAUUAACUCUAAAUGUGUUCGGCCUAUGUGUCAUUUAAGCCAG